AUGCCUUCUAUUGCUGAUAAUACGUCCAGAACUCCAUCCAAGAAGAGAGCUAAAUCCAAGGUUUCUGACGCUAUUGAUGUUAUUUGCCGCCACGCGUUUGACAGAGGGCUUGACGAAGACUCUCUUCGAACUCUAGUCCAGAUAGCUGCACGAAAGACACAAUUAGACCAAACGAGUGUGGCUACUCUGGUCCAAAACCUGUAUCCUUCCCAGCAAGUGUCCGAGGAUGUCGUAGUAACCGUCGUUGGGGCACUAGGCCAGGGGAAGGGCAAACCGUCACCGGGAAUUCAGAAUGGUCUGGUCAAAUGGCUCACCUUCGUAUACGAAAUCCUUGAAGACCCCAGGACAUUAUCUCGUUUGUAUGGGGUGCUUUUUGGAAUGCUCGAUAUGAUUAGCAUCAGGACAUCACUGUGUCAUCUGCUCUCUCUGAUUACGCGGCGGAAGCAUGUGAAACCCUUUAGGAUUCAACAGCUACUAGAACUCUCCCGUAGUCUUGGGAACGAACCUGCAAUACAAGGCCUACUUCGCAUUUACAAGGAUUACUAUCCUGAUAUCAUUCUCGGAAGUACUGCUACAAGCCGGCGUUCUUUUCCUGCACGACCUGACCCUGAAUGGCGGGCGAGGAUACUUGCAGUUCAAGAAGCUAGCGCUAGAACGAAUGAGUCGCAGUCUAAGCAACACAAUGGCUUUAGAGUUCUAAGAAAAGGACCGAAGAGGAGCAAGGUGUCGGUUAUCCCCGAGGUGCACACAUUCCACGCCAAUGAGACGUCUGUGACACUGGAGGAGAUUGACACUGUGACAGAUUUCGUGGAAAAGCUCGAUAGGAUCGAGCUUCCAGGACAGCUUAUCUCGUUUCUGACGGAUCCCCUCCUGCAGAAAUACUUGAUGCUGAAGCAGUCGGAGAGAGCAUCAAGGAGAAUCAAUCUAUGGCUCUCGAUAUAUCUUGAAGAGGAAUAUGAGGCGGUGAGACGCGGCACUGGUACUUCAGAGUAUCUGGGUGAGCUUCUCGCGGGACUACACAAACAGACGCAGUACACAAAGACACUAUUACCUAUUACCUCAACGUUCCUCAAAGCAUACUUAAUGGUGUGGGACGGCGUUAAGGAUGUUGAUGCUAUCUUUGGCUUGCUCUCAUAUAUUCAGCUCCAGCCAUUUGAUGAUGCGUAUAACACCUUUCUCGGCCCUGCAGAGAAUGCUUUUGUAGUACAAAGCCCUGAGGCAUACUGCAAACUUCUAUCCUUCUACACAAACCUUUUGCGCCACUGGAUGGCUGAGGCGACUCCCCAGCCUUCUGACCCUAUCCAACUUGCAACUGGCUCUCCUGACCAACAGGCUCUUGAAGAACUAGUAGCACACGUCUCCAAGAUGUCCUCAUCGCUACUCCUUUCUAUUCCAACAGCCUCUAACGCUCCUCUGAUAUCCUCAAUCCUCUCAUUCUACGAGAUCUUGUCGUUCUCCUCUCAUCCACGAGUCGUUCCGAUCCUGCUUCCGUCCCUACAGCUAGCAUAUUUCUUAGCGCAGAGCCACGCUCUGGCUACAGUAUCACGAACCUACGGCAUAUAUGCGAAUUACAAGACAGCGUUCGACAAACAUCCUAAGCCUAUUCAAUCCUAUUAUCUCGUCUCGGUAACGAACUCAUUCAACAUGGUCUUGAGGGACAUUUACAACUCUCUGUGGGGAUCUAAAGCUCUCUUGGCAGUCGAAAGCAAGUCGCAUGGAUUUCUGUGCAUGCCGCCUUUACGAGCUUCUUUUCAAAUAUAUCUUGGAGACCUUGAUCAUGAGUAUGCUGUUGGGCUUGCCUUCGGGCUUUCACACAAUGCCUCACUGGCUUCGCUCUCUGCUGCUGCCUGGAGAUCCCUAGAAGAAGCUGAGAUCGAUGAUAAAGGAUAUGACCGAGACUAUGUCACCUGGCACACGGGUCCUGUGUCUCAGCGAAAGGUCGAGGUACUGAGUAAGAACGGAGGAGUGUCUGUUUCAUGGGACCAGUACCGGAUACACGUGCUGAAGUGGAUGGCUGAUAGAGGGUGCAGUGGCUUCAAAGACUUGUUGUCCGCUACAGUGUCGAAUAUCAAGGGCCGAGCCUAAUCAGAAGGGAACAGUUUCUAGAGAAAGCCUGAUUCUUUUGUUGGAGAUCCAUCCCUUUAUUUUGGGAGCUCUGUUGCAUCUCUUGUAUGGAUGAUUAUCCUGAGGUCUGUCUAUGAAGACUGCCACAUGCUCCAGUAGUAGUUAGUAUGUCCCAAAUUAUAGAAGAAUGC